AGGAAACGUGCAGCAACACAAGCCUGGUCUCUUGAGCCCUCUGGGCUGUGGCUCUCAUAGUGGACUCCACUGUGCUUUCCCAUGAGCGGAAAAGGCGUUUUUUUUCUCUUUUAUGUGAGAUGAAAUACGGUUUUCUGUUGGUGCUUGAAGUGGUUUGUCUUAGAAAUCACGUGGCCUCUAUUCGUUUAAAUUGUCUUUUUAGGUUGAGCGUGCCUGAAAGUACACCUUUCACAGCUGUCUUGAAGUUUGCUGCAGAAGAAUUCAAAGUUCCUGCAGCUACAAGUGCCAUUAUAACAAAUGAUGGAAUAGGAAUAAACCCUGCACAGACAGCAGUCCCACAGUAUUUGGUACUUCAGCAGUCCUGAACAGAUGCAUUUAGAAAAUAAUACACCGUUUUAGUGCAGGAAAUAUGGGUAGCAUGUUUUCAAAAAAAGAGGAGUGUUCUUGUGUGUGGGCCUUGUUCUCAUCAAGAAGUUUCUUGAUGAGGAAUCUGUGACUUAUAUGUGGAGGCUUGCCAUGACCCAAGAGGCUGCUUCUGUCACAGAGAAGUAUAAAACCUUUGCCCAUCACCUCCUGGAAUGUGUGGAUCAGACUUUGAAUGAUAGUAAUAGUAGUCUGCAGUCCAGAAACGGUCUUCUGUGCACCAGACUUUUUUUUUUUAAAGUUAUACUUCAAAUUCAUUUGGAAAUUAUUACGCUAAUCUAAUCACGAACCACUUGAGACAUGAGUUAUGGUAGGAUGGGAUAUCUUGUUGGGGGGAAAAAAUGGUCAUAACUUUCUACAAAGACUUAAUAAACAUGGCUUUGGUGCUUCUCAAACACAGUAAUCCAAAGAAAACUUAAUAUUCCUGCUUGCAGAUGUGAUCAACAGUCAAUAGAGAUUUUCUUGCCACCUCUCUGUUCUUUGCGUGGAGUCUGCCAGGUCUCAUUCCUUUGUGCCCUAUAUGUCUGCCAGACAUUACCUAUUUUUCUGGAUCUAAAGAGAAAAUCAGAAAGUGAGGUGUUAUCAGCAUACUUAGCAACGUAAGGUAAAUAGUAUAAAGUAAAACCCUGUACAGCAUAUAAGAGAAUCUGAUAGUUAGAAGAGCAGUUGCUUGACAUUAGCUUUGGGAAGUUCUUGAAGAUGUAAAAGGAUGCACUUAAGUGAAGUGACCUAAUUUUGAGGUCUGUGGUUCCAUCCACAGCAUCUGAAAAUCAACAUCAAGCGAGCUUUUGCCCUUUUGCUCCACAGAGGUUUCUGUCCUCCUGGAGCUCGCCUUAGGGACAACUGCUUUACGGUUUGUCAGGUGUACCAGCCCUCAGUUUCCCCACGAGGCAUUGUCCCUGUCAUGAUCCAAGUGUAUUGCAAACAAAUGAUAAAGAAAGUGAUGAUGAUGAUAAUGUAGAUUAGGUACUUGAUUGUCACCGAUUCAUAAGGCUACGUCUUCACGUGACCAUUCAAAAACGCUUCGGCAGUUAGUCAGUUGCUUAAGUUAAAGCAUACUUAGGCUAUUCCUUCUCUUCCCCAAAAGUAUACUCUUAUUUUGUAGUAUGGAACCCCAGGUAGUUGCAGCUGAAUCCUUUGAAGCAAAUGGACCUAGAACUACUUUACUCCUGAAUGAAAGUAUCCAAAUGGCAGUUCAGUGUGCUUCAAGCUAGGCACGUUGAAUUCAAAUCUCUAGCUGACUUGCUUUAGCUCUCCUAAGUGCUGAUAAAUGUUGGGGAAUUGUCCAUCAGUACUACAGAACACUAUCUGAAUAGUCAAGAAUCAGGUAAAUCGAAAGCAUCUAGGUGUAAAAUAUUUUCAUCACAGUCUUAUUACCUGUAAGUGGAAAAUUUGACACAUGGACUUUUAAACAUAGAAGUCCUGUUGCCCUGACACUGCUGUGUUGUGUUGCCCAUAAACUGCAGAGGGGAGCAGGGGAACAAACAACCCAAGGACUCGGAUUACAAGUUAAUGUGGUAAUUUAGAUACAGAAUCAUGUUCAGCCAUAUUAACAUCAUGUCAUCCCAGAAACUUGGUGUGAAACUUUAAUGUUAAACACUUUUUGUGUAUGUUAAAGUUCCUGUAGAUUGAGCAGUUACUUUAGUCUUCAAAAACUUCCCAAAAUAAGAUGAUCUAGGAAUACAAUCUUAACAAUCCUUUUAGAUUGCAAAGUUUUGUGCUGUUUCAUUAUUUUCCACUUUUGUUCAAAAGUAAUGCCUCAUUCCUCGAGUAUGAAUUCCUUUCAUUCUUCCUACAUGGUUCUACAGAACAGGGGAAAUGAAAGCUGAAAAAGCAAGGCUUAAGACUUAAUUCCUUUAUUGAUUUCAAUUUAAAAGCCUCAGUAGUUCAGGGAGUAGUGUGCCAUAAUUUUAAUAAAAGCACUGUGAUACUAAUGAUGGAAAUGGAUUGACAGGUGAACUGUUGUCUGCAUGAGAUGUAUCUGUGGCCUAUUUUAAAAUUUUAGAAUUUUAUGGUGGACAUUAUAGCACAGAUAACUUUCAUCUAGAAUUAGUAAGCUUAGCUCUCUGGUUUGCCAAUCGCAGGUUUUGUGAUGGAUUUAUGUUCAAACCCUAAUGGGUCUUGGGAGACUUCUUAAAAUUAAAAAAAAAAAAAAAA